CUUUACCAGUUUUUAAUGAAUGUAUGUAAACUAAGCAGUUUUAAAUAUGCUUGCUAUAGUCAGUUUAUAUAUUUAUUUCAGCAACUCAAAAACGUCUUAGGUUAUAACACUGCUCGAUUAUCUAGUUCAAAGGUUCCAUCAGCUUUCGACCAGUACUUAAACAAAUUAUUGCCUGGAAAUGGACAAGAUAAUAGCGCUUAUGUCUUAAAUCUUGCAAAUGAAGUGUUAUUAUCAGAUACGUUUGAUGUGAAUCAAGAUUACAUAGAAGAAGUUCAGAAUUCCUUCCAUGCAGAUGCUCAGGUGGUUGAUUUUGCUGGAGAUUCAGGCCAAAUAGUGAAAGAUGUGAAUAAUUGGGUAAAAGAGCAAACGAAUGGGAAAAUAGACAAGUUUUUGACUAAUUUAAGCCCAUCAUCUUUAUUGCUCAUAUUAAAUGCUGUAUACUUCAAAGGAACAUGGCAAAUUCAGUUCGACCCAAAGUUAACUUUAAAUGGAGAUUUUUACAACCAUGGUGAAGAUGAUGAAGUUAAGUAAGUUU